GUGGAGAAAAGAGAUCUCACUCAUGGCCUAGUUGGUGAGAAGCUUUGACAUUGUAAAGCAUUGGAAAAAACCUGGAGACUGGCACUGAAGUAAGGUGCGCUUGAAACGACUUUCUCUUUCUGAAGAAGAAACUUUUGGGAGGAGGGGGACCUGGAAAAUGACAGAAGUGAAGAGAAAAAAGAAUAGUGUGGUAUGGAGGAAGAUAAACUCCUUCCACUGUGCAGACAUUAAACAGUGGUGUCGAAGGCGACUGCCAAUUCUGGAAUGGGCACCACGCUACAACCUGAAGGAAAAUUUGAUUCCGGACACAGUGUCGGGGAUAAUGCUGGCAAUCCAGCAGGUGACACACGGAUUGGCCUUUGCUAUUCUCUCUUCUGUCCACCCAGUAUUUGGCUUAUAUGGCUCUCUGUUUCCAGUCAUUAUAUAUGCCAUCUUUGGAAUGGGGCGCCAUGUUGCAACAGGGACCUUUGCUUUGACUUCAUUAAUAUCUGCCAAUGCUGUUGAGCGUCUGGUUCCUCAGGCCAGCCAGAACUUUACUACCUACAGCAACUCAGGUGUACUGGGUUUAUCUGAAUUUGAGAUGCAGAGGAUUGGAGUUGCUACAGCUGUUACAUUCUUGGGAGGAAUCAUUCAAGUCGCCAUGUUUGUGCUGCAUCUGGGCAGUGCCACAUUCUUGUUAACAGAACCCGUGAUCAGUGCAAUGACAACUGGAGCUGCCACCCAUGUUGUGACCUCACAAGUCAAGUUUCUCCUUGGAUUGAAAAUGCCCUAUAUCUCAGGCCCAUUGGGAUUCUUUUAUAUAUAUGCCUACGUCUUUGAAAACAUCAAGUCGGUUCAAUUAGAAGCACUGCUGCUGUCCUUGUUGAGCAUCGUGGUGCUUGUUCUCGUUAAAGAGCUCAAUGAACAGUUUAAAAGCAAAAUUAAAGUUGUCCUUCCUGUCGAUUUAGUUUUGAUUAUUGCUGCAUCAUUUGCUUGUUAUUUUGCCAACAUGGAAUAUACCUACGGAUUGGAUGUUGUGGGACGUAUUCCAUAUGGAAUUCCUUCACCCAGAGCACCGCCAAUGAAUAUCCUUUCAAAAGUUGUCAUUGAAGCUUUUGGAGUUGCUCUAGUUGGUUAUGUAGUCUCAUUAGCCCUUGCCCAAGGUUCUGCCAAAAAAUUCAAAUAUUCAGUUGAUGACAACCAGGAGUUUUUGGCUCAUGGCCUCAGCAAUGUCAUUGCUUCCUUUUUCUUUUGUAUACCGAAUGCUGCAGCAACAGGGAGAACAGCAGGCCUCUAUAGCACUGGAUCAAAGACACAGGUGGCCAGCCUAAUAUCUUGUAUUUUGGUCCUGAUCGUUAUCUAUACAGUAGCACCAUUGCUUUACUGGUUGCCCAUGUGUGUUCUUGCAAGUACCAUUGUUGUGGGACUAAAAGGGAUGCUAAUACAAUUCCGAGAUUUAAAAAAAUAUUGGAAUGUGGAUAAAAUAGAUUGGAGCAUCUGGGUCAGCACCUACAUAUUUACAGUAUGUUUUGCUGCUAAUGUGGGGCUGCUCUUUGGUGUCGUCUGCACCAUAGCUGUUGUGAUUGUGCGUUUUCCAAGAGCCAAGACACUGAGUCUGAAAAAUAUGAAAGAAUUGCAAUAUAGAGUGAAGACAGAAGUCGAGGGUGAAAAUUCACAACAGGUGAAAAUGAUCUCAAUAAACAAUCCACUUAUUUUCCUCAAUGCGAAGAAGUUCCAUGCUGAUUUAAUGAACACAAUCCAGAAGGAUAAUGCCAAUAACCAGUCACCUGAUGAUAUCAGCAAGUGUGAACAAAACACGUUGCUCAAUUCUACAUUCAAUGGUACCUGUAAUGGAGAAACACCUCAGCCCUUUCCUAACGAAAAAUGUUCUGUAAUACUGGACUGCACUGGUGUGACCUUCUUUGACUAUACUGGAGUGUCUACUCUUGUUCAGGCUUACACGGAUUGCAAAAGCCAAAAUAUCGACUUCUUUUUAGCAAAUUGCACCGCUUCCCUGAAAAAAGCAGUGCAGUACUGUGGACACCUAGAGCCAGAUAAACACAUUUUUUUUGAAUCUGUAUCUGCUGCAAUUGGUGCCAUCCAUUUAAAUAAGAAUUUGAGCAAAUUCAGUGACCAUAGUGAAGUUUGAGGCCAGUGUGUUACAGCUCAUCUCUUCUCUUUAAGCCACUCCCCAGGACCAACCAAGUCAUGGCAUUCUCGAGGGGAUCUUUUGUUGUUAUUGAUAUUAAACUCCUGCAAGCAACACAUUUUAGACCAAAGGUGAUAAAGAGAUUCAGUAACUGAGUAGUUACUGGUCUAUUUACCAAAAAGUUUUUUUUUUGUUUUGUUUUUUAGUGUUGGUUAUUCUUUAGCAGCAAUUUUAUAGAGAAUUUAUAUGUUUAAGAAUAUCACUUUGAAAGACAAACUUAAAAAUCUUGGCCUGUCACUAUCAUUUUGUAUAUUGUUUUAAUUGUUUCAUUAAAAGUUCAUUUGCAAAGCACAGGUACAUGUUUCUCUUGGAAUAACACAUGAAAAG